AUAUGGACGUUUCUCUUGUUCAACAAAACUUGUUUUUCCCCUUGAAGUUCUAAACCAAAGUUCUAUUCGUUCUAUUCUAAAUAGAUCUAUAAAAAAUCACAUGUUCAACUAUUAAAUUAAAUAUACAAUUUCUUUGAAUUGGUGUUCAAAUCUUUGUUGACAACUUGGGGUCGUGCUAGUGCUAAGGAAAAAAUAUCGACAUCCUUGUUGAUGCUGAAAAAGAAUCAAAAAAUUGGUGUUCAAAUUUGAUUCUUCCUCUCUAAAUCUGGCUCAAGUACUUGGAUUUUCUACUACAAUUUUAAUUUACCCAUGCUUUUAAGGGAAUAGAGUUGUUCCAGGUUGAUGUUCGAGAUAUCGGGGCAGAUUGUGAGGAUUUCACAGAGACGUUCGGGGCUGGUGCUAUGAUGAUCGUAAGCUUACUAGCUGAUAAAGUAGCUCUGUCCCCUAAGGUUGUCAAAAGCUUGAUCCUUUCCAUAGCCGAAGCAGCUCGAGCAGAUGCUAGAGAUUCUACGGACAUGCAGUGGUGCCGUAUGUCUUUGAUGACCCUAAUCACUGUUGUCCAGUUGCAAUCUGUUGAAUUUAUCCCCAAGAAGAUUGUUGAUAUCCUUAAGGACAUCAGGGAUAUUUCAGGACUUUUAAGAGAAUUGGUAGAGGAGUUCAACACCGAGAAAUUUCUAGCCUUGUUUUGGACUCUCUUGUUGAGUACAGGUGGGAAUGGCUGCUUUACCUGUUGAGGAGUUUCACUAUUUGCUAGACCCAUUGACUUUAAUGUUUUAUGUUUUGUAGUUGUUAUGAUGAUCUCUACAAUGGGACUCUAUUGUCCAUAGUAGAGAUGGUUCCCUUAAAAGACUUUGUAGCUCGUGUAGUCUCAAUAAUGUAAAGUACUAUCAGAUGGAUAACUUGCCGUAAGAUUUCAAUCCUCAUCAAAGCUGAAUCUAAUUUGACCCACUUAGUUUAUGAUUCAAAUUGAAUUAAGAUACGUGAAAGGAAAAAUCAGGAUGAAUAAGACAUGUUUUUGCAGAUUUGUAAGUAUCACUUAUCACAAUUAGUUGACAUCUCAGUAAUUUACUAACAUUUUAUUUUCGAGUUAAUUUUUUUUCUAUGGGAA